AUGAAUCGAUUUGAUUUACCUGAUAAUCUACCGGUGCCAGUCGAUGACGGACAAUGUGCACAUUUACAUGUAGGAAUGGAAUUUCCCGUCGAUGUUCUAACUAGUUUACCAACAACCAAUCAUCAUACUGUCAAUAUAAGUAGUUACCCACGUACAGUCAUUUACUUUUAUCCACGCACUGGUAAGCCCAAUCAGAAGCUUCCCGAUGGUUGGGACGCAAUUCCAGGUGCGAGAGGAUGUACUCCAGAAUCGUGUGCGUUUCGUGACCAUUAUAAAGAAUUACAAGAACUAGGUGCGAAUGUUUAUGGAUGUAGCACGCAAACAACUGAGUAUCAACAAGAAGUUGUCGACCGAUUGCACCUUCCUUUCGAUUUAUUAAGUGAUGCAGAAUUGAAACUAAUGAACCAUUUGAAAUUACCCUAUUUCACUUUAGCAGAAUUAGAUAAUGUUCCAUUAAUCAAACGCUUGACAAUCAUUGUUAAAGAUAAUAAGAUUGAACACGUAUUCUAUCCAAUUUUCCCAUCUGACAAACAUGCCGCAGAAGUUCUCAACUGGUUAAAACAAAAUCCCAUAGAAUAA